GCUGUGGUAAACUCAUCCGACCAAGCUUCCUCAGAUAGUUUCUCCUCUUCCUCCUCUUCCUUCUCUGCCAGUCCCAGCCUGUCCAGCCCAAUUGAGGACCCCUAUAUGUUACUUGUCACCACUGUGGAUGGCCCUGGGACCUAUAGCCCCACAGAGUCCCCCCUGGCCCUGUCCUCUACCGUGCCCAGCACUGUUGACGGCCUCUAUCAGUUACUGGGCACCACCGGUCAUCUGGCCCUGUCGUCCACCCUGCAGCCCCCUCCCCAGGAUAGCCUCCCCAUACCCAGCUUCCAGGAGGGCCGCCGAGCCUCCGACAUGGACACCGGCGCUCUAACACAAGGUCUGAGGGUGUUCCGCCAGAAGUUGAGGGGGGAGGCCAGCGCCAAGGGCCUGCUGGGACUGAACAAGAUGAAGAGCCCCGGGGUCCGGCACGGGUGGUCCCCCCCAGCCUCUGGCCCUGCACCCUGCCCCCCUGCCUGGGGGGAGCGAGACCUGUCCCACUGUGUCCCCACCACACCACUGUCAGAGGAGGGCUUCCAGCAGCAGAAAGUGAUCCAGAUUCCACUGUGCCAAUUCCACCCGACCACACCUCUUCCUCCACGCCACCCCACGUCUAACUCCCCGCCACCACACCUCUUCCUGUCUCCUCCCGUCCCUCCUAACGUUCCCGCUCCUCCUCGUCCUCCCAUUGGUCUGUUCUCCACACACACACUGUCACAUGACUUCCUCACACCCUCCCUUCAACAGAACCACUCACCACACCCACAACUACACCCACACCCACAACUACACUCACAGCUACACCCACAGCCACAACUACACCCACAGACACAACUACACCAGCAACUACACUCACAACUACACCCACACUCACAACUACACCCACAACUACACCCACAGACACAACUACACCCACAACUACACCCACAGCCAACACUAUACCCACAGUCACAACUAUACCCACAACUACAACCACACUCACAGCUACACUCACAACUACACCCACAGUCACAACUAUACCCACAACUACAACCACACUCACAGCUACACCAAAAGACACACCCACAACCACAAUCCUACCUAUCUCUAUGCUCAGAGCAACCGCUAGACUUAUCCCCUUCCUCCUCCUCUUCCUCCUUCUCUUCUUCAGCCAUGGUGGCGUCGGCUGGCCACCUCUUGGAGACGCACCUCCAUAUCAGCUCUCCUCGGGUUGAGAACCACACCCCACCCUUCUCUGACGCUCCUCACCUCCCUGUUCAGCCCCAGUUCCCCCACCCGAAACCCCAGUCUCAGCCUAAGCUACUGCACCCCCACCCAGAACCCCUGUCUCAACAACUACACCCCCACCCAGACCCCCAGUCUCAACUACUACACCCCCACGUCCACCCCCACAACCACCCAGACCUCAAGACUCAACUAUUGCAGCCUCACCCCCACAACCACCCAGACCCCCAGUCUCAGCUACAGCUACAGCAACCCCACUCCCACCCCCACAACCACCCAGACCGCAAGACUCAACUAUUGCAGCCUCACCCCCACAACCACCCAGACCCCCAGUCUCAGCUACAGCAACCCCACUCCCACCCCCACCCCCACAACUACCCAGACCCCCAGUCUCAGCUACUGCACCCCCACCCCCACAACUACCCAGACCCCCAGUCUCAGCUACUGUACCCCCACAACUACCCAGACCCCCAGUCUCAGCCUCAGUUACUGUAUUCCCACUCUGACUCCCAGCCUCAGCCAAGGCCCUGGGCCAACCACCGCCUCUAUACCCACUCCCAGACCUCCAGGCGGCCCCAGCUCCAGCGCCAGCCACGUCUGCCUCCAUGCCCAGUAGGGAGAAUGGAUCCUGCGUACGGACCGUAGGAAACACCCAGGACUACAGGCCUAUUAGCUGUUGGACAGCAACGGUCUCAAGGCUAACAUUUGGACUCAGAGAGAGAGACUGGAGAAGUGGAACUGGGCCUCAGACUGAUGUCCCCAAUGACUCAAUGCCACGAUGCUCUGUCAACAGUGGACGUUAAUAAAGAAGGAUGACAUCAGUGGGACCUACUUAGGAUGGACUGUGAGUCCAUUGGUGGAAUGAGCUUCCCCUAAAGCUAGGACAGCAGAGUCCCUGCCCAUCUUCCGAAAACAACUGAAACUCUACCUCUUCAAACAUUGUCUUAAAUAAGACAUUGCACUUCUCUUUUCCUACUAGCACUGGCUUAGCUGAUAACUCCUCUAUACUGUGGAAAAAUGUACUUACUUCGACUGUGAUAUGUGAUCGUCUCAGUUAGCUAUCUUAAUAUGAAUGCACUUUGGAUAAAAGUGUCUGCUAAAUGACUCUACUUUUUUUAUUUUUUUAUAAUGUAAUUCUGAUCAUGUGCAAACUGUCAUGUCUGUUGUUAUGUGAACUGAAAAUACCAAUAAUUGACCUACUGUGGAGACAGCAGUCUUUUCCAGGAAGCACAACUCCCAGUAUUCUCCUAUUACAAACUCGGUUAAGUGGUAGUUGUUGUCUCCCUGUCGUCUUCCAUAAACUGUCUUUGAUUCAGUGCAGUUGGCAUGAGGAAGACGACUUAAAAUAGGUGUUUUCUCAUGCAGUUUGGAUUCAGACCUGCCUUGUGCCUUUUGAACAAACAAGAAGACUAUUGUAUUGAGUGGACCAGACUCUCUGUAAUACGGUUUUUGUAUUUGUCGAACAUUGUAAAUUGAGAUUUGUAUUUGAAUACUUUUUGAUACGUUGUUGGAUCAUUUCUUAAUAACAAA